AUGUAUUACUCCUCUUCUUUUUCUUCUUCUUCUUCUUCUACUAAUAUAGCAUCAUCAAGUGGACGUGCUUCAUUAAUAGAUUCGGAUUCAAAAUUUUCAACUCCAUUGUCAUUAUUUGAUGACAAUUUAACAUUAAACAUUACGUUUGCAUCAUCAUUUUUUAGAACUGAACAAACAGCCUUACAAGAUACAAAUCCAUCGUGUACUCUAAUAAAAUAUGAAUAUAUUACACAAAAAACUUUAUUUAACAUAGUGCGUUAUAUUUCACAAAAUUUAAAUCGAUUUUUCAUAUUACCAGCUAUUAUCUUAAAUCUAUGUGCUUUUUACAUAUUACGACGUACACGUAUGAAUCGUUCAUCGUCAAUAGCUUUUUAUAUGCAAGCAUUGGCAUUAUGUGACGUUGCUUUUUUUGCUCUACGUGUUAUGUUUGGUGAACUAUCAAGUUCAACAACUGGCAAACAUAUCUUAACAACUGGUCUAUGUAAAUUUCUUUUUCUUAUGGUCAACGCAGUGAACUAUACAACUGUAUGGCUUAUUGCUGCUAUGAAUGCAGAUAAGUUUCUUGCCGUUUGCUUACCUUUACGUGUCUCAGAUCUUUUAUCACGAAAAAAGGCGUAUGCCGUAGUUCUCGCUGUAAUAAUUUGUUCAAUGCUUGUUGCAUCCGUACAUGCCAGUCGAACUGUUUUGAAAAACAAUGCAUAUUGUUGGCUAGAAACGUCACAAGAUGAAAAACUUGUUUUUAUACUUGAUGCAUUUUUUUGGUGCUUUGUUCCAUUUUUUGUUAUAUCAGUAUUAAAUGCUGCUAUAUUUGUUGCCUUAUUAAGAGCACGUCGUGAAGCAUCAUGCUUACAUGAACCAACUAGUUCUUCAAAUACAGUACCUAUGUUAAGAGCAACAAUCAAUGGUCGAGCAGCAAAAACAACAGCAAGUACUUAUCGUAAAGCAUCAGCUAAUUUGUCAUCUACAAAUCAAUUUCGUGCAUUAGGUACGCAUCCUUCACCAACCGCUCGUACUCGUAUGCAAUCACAAAAUCUUCAAAUAACCAUUAUGCUUAUAACGAUAUCAAUAUCAUUUUUUGUUUUAACAUUACCAAAUGUUAUUUACUAUUUGCUCAUAUUUUUACGUGUCUUAAUUGAAAGUUGGAAAGCUGUUAAAUGUGACGUUAAUGUUUAUCAUAAUCUUGAUGUAUACGUACGAACAUCAGCUAUUAUGUAUCUUAUAUCAAAUAUUACAUCAGAUUUAAUGCAUGUGGUCAAUUUUUUCCUAUAUUUUAUUAGUGGUGCAAGAUUUCGUACUGAAUUUCGUCGUUUAAUAUUUUAUCAGUUAUGCCGAUGGUGUUCUAAAGGAAAAGAUUCAACUAAUGGAAAAGAUAUAACGCGUAAUGAACGUUCAUUUGUAGGAACGAGUGGCGUAGCGACCGUACGAACACUGGCAUCAUUGCCAGGAAGUGGAGUUAAACAACAAAGUACGUCAAAUACCAAUUGUGCAACGACAAUUAAAGAUAAGCAGAACCCAAAACAUGAUGUAGCACAUCUAUCUUUAACUUCGAAUGUUGCGCUCGACGGUAGCGUAUCAAGUGUACUUGAAGGAAAAACUUGA